AUGAAUGAAGUAUCAGAUGAUGAGGAACACUAUGAAUUACUUGUCUCUGCAGUCAAUGGUCCUCCAGACAAAGAAGAAACCAGACCUUCUCAGAGAUCCAAAAUGAGGCUUCCACCAAGACUCACUAGGAACAGAGCUGUUUCAAGUUUCUAUGGACCAAGAUACACUUGGUCAAAUGGAAGAGGCCCUUGUGCCAUUGUUUGGAGAAGACUAGACAGGGGUAUGGUCAAUGACAACUGGCUGACAUCAUUCCCAGCAACAACAAUCUCUCACCUGGCUUCAACAGGAUCAGAUCACUCCCCCCUGCUUAUGGAGAUGCAUGUUAGGCCUGAAGGUGCAAAGAAGUACUUCAAAUUACUGAAUUGUUGGACUGAAAGUGCAUCUUUCCUGCCUUUAGUCCAAACAGUCUGGGACAAACAAAUUCAAGGUAAUGCAAUGUGGAUCUUUCACCAAAAAACAAAAGCACUGUGUUCUGAGUUGAGCAAAUGGUCAAGAAGGGAAUAUGGGGAUAUCUUCCAACAAGUCAAGGAAUAUAAAUCUAAAGUUAUUGCAGCUGAAGAAGUCUGGGCUCACACCAAUAAUCCAGUGGACAGAGAA